AUGAAUGAGAUACAGACACCAGGCCCUGCAAACAUAAAAGCCAAAGGUACACCAAAAAAGGGAGCAGGCAGUAAAAAGCCAGACGCGCUUACGAACGCCUCAUUCCCGCUACCUAUAGAACCUCCAACAUCUACCAUAAAUAUCUCCGGGGAUGUCCUUGCAAUCCUCAAACUCAGUACAUCGGAAAAAAAGAACCGGAUUAUUGAUGUCGGAAAAGUGGUCGACGCCAAUUUUCGCGUUUUGGGCGGUCUUCACCUUGAACUCGAGAAAAGGCUGACAGACCAUAGUGCUCACAUCGGUGAAGACAUAGCGGAGCUCGCGACGCGUCUUGAUAACUUGGAGGUAGCGGAUCUCACGAGCAUUGAGGGCGGUCCCCAGGACACCUCUCUCCCAAGUCAACCGGUUUCCGCUGGAGUAGGAAUUUUGCAUGACCUAAAAUCUCGCAUCUCAGCACUUGAGGAGGAGACAGACGAGGAAGGGGGGAAUGAUAUCCGAGUAGCGGAGACAGAGAAAAUGGUGAAGAAGUUGCGAGGGGAUAUCUCGAACAUGAAGGACAAGGCGGAUCUCGACCGCCAAUUUGCUAAGACCCUGGCAACACCCAAGGACGUCAACGACGCACGCACAUUCGCGACACGAGAGGUAGCGAUGCUUCGCACCAAGCUUUCAGACGAGAUCAAAUCAGUACGUGCGCUAAUUCCAAAGGACUCGGUGUCGAAACGAGUGGCACCACUAGAGUCCCGGAUAGACAUACUCAACUCUAAAGUAGAAGAUCUUGAGGGGAAGUUGAACCGCGCGCUGGCUGAAAAUGAGCUUCUUCGAGCUCAAAUUCAUUCAAAGGAGUUGAAUCGAGGUCGGAGUCUUGCUUCGGCCCCUGAUGGAUAUCAGCUUUCGCAAUCCCCUUCUCCUCAUCGUCAUCACUCGCAAGCCCCCGGCCGUUAUCGCUCUCGCUCUGCCUCACCCUUUUCUCAACGCCGACAUGCUCUACCUCCGCCGCCGCCGCCCCCACCUCCUACUUCCACAUCCAGAAACAAGAGACAACAUAGUGCAAGCCAGGAUAGCAGACCAAACAAAAAAGGACAACAGCAAAAUCCAGCAGCAGAGAAAGUAUCACUGUAUUUGGGCCCUUUCCCCCCAACAUUCUGUGUGCACUCGAUGGGACAUGUGCGCCGAUGGUUCUCGGAGGUGGUGCAACCUACAUAUUGUCCAUACAUACUCGACGCAACGGACGGUUAUUACAAAAUUGCUUUCGGCACGCGCGCUGACGCUGACGGUUUUAUGGCCUCCUGGAAGGCGAACUUUGCUCAAUCCGACUUGCGUAACUACCAUGGCAUCCACAUUAGACAGGGGGAUUUUUGA